AUGUCGACAACGACCACUCCCACCAACAAGGCCGCGUGGCUCGUCGCUGAAAAAGUCAAACCCCUAGAAGUCAAAUCGGCACCCUACACUGCUCCAGGGCCGCACGAGCUCGUCGUUAGAAAUGCCGCCGUUGCCAUCAACCCCUUAGAUUGGAAGCUCCAGGACGCUGCACGCUACCCGUUGAAGUACCCUGCGAUUCUUGGUCAGGACGUGGCAGGGGAAAUCAUAGAGGUCGGCGACGCCGUCACCAGAUUCAAGGUUGGUGAUCGCGUCCUCGGACACGGAACGGGUAUCUUCACGGGACGCAACGAAGAAAGCGGGUUUCAACUUUACACCGUGCUCGGGGAUAAUCUCACCUCGCCCAUCCCCGAUAGCGUGUCCUUCGAAGCUGCCGCCUGGCUUAUCGACCGCAGCAUGCGGUCUUUUCCAAAAGAGUCAUCUCGGCCUCAACCACCCGUCCAUAAAUCCGAAGCCGACGGGCGAGAUUGUGCUGGUCUGGGGUGGCGCAUCGAGUGUCGGCUGUAA